AUGUUAUUCGACGACUCUAAUAUUAAUGGGCUCAUAAGCCUUAUUCUAAUCGAGGCUGAAAGACGUAUUGCUGCGAUUAAGGCAAUCCGUGAUAUUGAGAUUGAACAGAGCUUAACUGCACAGAGGUUACUCUGCUCAUAUUUCACUGAGGAACAGUUAGAGACACCUGUGUUGGACUUCUUCAAAGAGAACCUUCCUGAUGUCUCUAUCGAAGUCGAAGAUAAUGGGGAGAUUGAGUUCAAGUGGAAUCACAAUACUGGUCUUUCAGCCGAGAACCGAAUGCUUGCAAGCCAUGAUGCUCUUCAGGCCUCUGAGGUAAUUGGAGGGCAAAGACUUCAUUUUGGGAUGACAGCACCAAAGACUCGGAGGCAACCAAAACCUGGAGAGAUGAUGCUCUCUGUGCAUGGCACUCCUUUGGGGGUCUAUGAAGAAAAUCUAAACUAA